CACACCGUCCAACCGCGCGCCAGCUAGAAGCAAGGAGGCGAGACAGAAAUGGCGACGGCAGGGGAAGCAGCGUGAUAUGCUGGAGGAGUAGAAUAACCCAAUAAUACGACUGUCAGUCUACCGUUACGAUCAUUAUAAUGAUGUCGGAAUAGGACGUCUUUUGUAAUUGUUAUUACAAAAAAGACAACACCUUCCCCGGAGAUCACGUCUUCUGAUUGGAAAAGAGAAAAUCUAACCGGGAGCAUGGCUUCUCACAGCAACCAGUACAUCUUCGGGGAGUUCAGCCCUGAUGAGAUCAACCAGUUCUUUGUGACUCCACGCUGUUAUGUCGAGCUUCCCCCGUUCAAUGACAAAGUCUCCUGCGUCAGCCAGUCUUCAGGAAGUUACUGCACUCCUGCUGUGCCAUACAUAACGGAGUCUAUGAGACGGCAGGUUUGCGGCGAAGACUACCAGCGGAUUGAAUUUGGCGUCGACGAGGUGAUGGAGGCAGAGCCUGCGGGGGCGAAGGACCCUCUGUUCAAGGUGUCCAGUACCCUCAACCCUCAGGCCCCCGAGUUCAUCCUGGGGUGCCAGCCGUCCCAGAAGGCCCCGCAGCAGGACGACCCUCCAGUCUCCGACCUCCCGGACGGAGGCCACUACAACUCCCAGGACGGGCCCGACUCGGAGCCCUCCGCCCUGGACAGUCUGCAGUCCUGCCAGGACAUGGACGGACCAGGCGGCCUGGGCCAGCGCGAACGGAAGAAAAAGAAAAAACGGCCGCCGGGAUACUACAACUAUCUGGAGGGCGCGGCCGGGAACAACAACAAUAACAGCGGCGGGGCUGCCGACGGCAUGCCGGGGGCGGGGCUGGUGAACGGACACGCGCUCAGCUCCUCCCCCCACGACUCAGAGGACAUGGCCGGCAAGACGUCGCCCGGGGCCGAACUGUCCGCCCCCGGCCCCGUAUCUGGCGAUCCGGCCGAUCAGAGGACUUGCGACAGCCCCGACGAAUCCUCUUUGGACUUCACGAGCGGAGCGGCGUCUUUAUCAGACGGCCCCAACGCGGUGUCCUCGUCCUCCUCCUCCUCGUCUCACAGCGGAGGGGUGGCAGAGGGGGUCAGGACUGCAGAGCAGCAGCCGGACCACCUAGUCCCAGAGAGCCCUGAACUUGUGGGCAGCGGCAGGCACAGCCCCUGCCCCGCCUCCCCUUCUCCCCCCUCGACGGCUGUGGUCGGCCCCCCUGCCACCACGGCUACUGCUACUACUGAACAGGAGGAGGACGUGGAGGAGGGCGUGGUGGCCAACGGGCUGGCUGAGCCUGAGCCAGCAGUCGGUGCAGAUGGACCCAGGGAGGACUCUGAGACAGGGGAGCAGGCCCAGGAGCCGGCCCUCUCAGCGGAGCCUUCCUCCACCUCCUCCCCAGACUCUGAGGCCCGGCCGGUAGGGGCAGAGCAGACCCCGUCGCCUGCCCCCCUGGCCGCGCCCGCCGCCAACCCCCCCAAGUCUUGGGCCAGCCUCUUCCAUAACUCCAAGCCCCUACCUGGAGGUCCUCAGGGCUUUGUGGAGGUGAAGAACGUGGUGGAGGUAGUGGCUCCCUCCCCGGCCACUCCGGAGCAGCCUGAGAAGGCUGGGGAGGUCAAGGAGAGCCCUGUCCACGUGUCAGAAGAUCCUAUGGCCCCUAAACUUGCAGAACUAAUUGAGAAUGUGAAGUUGAUACACAAACCAGUGUCUUUGCAGCCGAGAGGACUGAUCAACAAGGGAAACUGGUGCUACAUCAACGCUACCCUGCAGGCCCUGAUUGCUUGUCCGCCCAUGUACCACCUGAUGAAGUCCAUUCCUCUGUUCAGCCACACCCAGAGACCCUGCACCUCCACGCCCAUGAUGGACAACUUUGUAAGGCUUGUGAAUGAGUUCAGCAACAUGCCCGUGCCAUCGAAAGCCAAGCAGCAAGCCGCCGGAGACAAGAUGAUGAAAGACGUUCGGCCCGGAGUUCCCUUCGAGCCCACCUACAUCUACAGACUCCUCACCCUCAUCAAGUCCAGCCUCUCAGAGAAGGGCCGGCAGGAGGAUGCGGAGGAGUACCUGGGCUUCACCCUCAACGGACUGCACGAGGAGAUGCUCGCUUUGAAGAAGCUCAUCUCGCCUCAGGAAGAGAAGCCCCCCACACCAAACGGCCCAGAGGCUCAGCCCGGCGUGGAGGAAGACCCUGCCGACAAGGAGGAGGGCAGCGAGGACGAGUGGGAGCAAGUGGGGCCCAGGAACAAGACCUCCAUCACCCGCCAAGCUGACUUCAUCAGCACACCCAUCACGGACAUAUUCGGAGGGCACAUCAGGUCGGUGGUGUACCAGCAGAACUCUAAGGAGUCGGCCACCCUGCAGCCCUUCUUCACCCUGCAGCUGGACAUCCAGUCUGAGAAGAUCCGUACGGUCCAGGAGGCCCUGGAGAGCCUGGUGGCCAGGGAGGCGGUCCAGGGCUACACCACUAAGAGCAAGCAGGAGAUCGAGAUCAGCCGAAGAGUGACCCUGGAAGAGCUUCCUCCGGUGCUGGUGCUCCAUCUCAAGAGGUUUGUGUUUGAGAAGACCGGUGGCUGCCAGAAACUGGUCAAGAACAUUGAUUACCCGGUGGACCUGGAGAUCAGUAAAGAUAUCCUGUCCUCUGGGGUACGGAGCAAAAUCUUCAAAGGCCAAAGAACCUACAGGCUCUUUGCAGUGGUCUAUCACCAUGGGAACAGCGCUACGGGCGGCCAUUACACCACGGACGUCUUCCACAUCGGUCUGAACGGCUGGCUGCGCAUCGACGACCAGGCGGUGAAGGUCAUCAACCAGUACCAGGUGGUGAAGCAGUCUGCCGAGCGCACCGCGUACCUGCUGUACUACCGCCGCGUCGACCUGCUGUAGACGCCCCUCCCGCACACACACUCACACACGUACAUACACCCACAUACUUCUCUCGCACACACACACUCAGACACAGCACACUCGUACACUGGCAUACAUGGAUAGGCUUACACACAGUCAUUCGCUCAUAUGCAUACACACACACACGUACAAACGUAUGAACAGGAGCACUGCCCAACUUCUUCUCUUGCAAGAUUUUCCUCCCCCUUGUCCCCCGCUUUCCAGAGAGACAGCUUUUCCAACAACGCCUUUUUUCCUUUGAUCUUUUUGGAAGAAGAGAAAAGGACACGUUCUUAAAAGGAUUCCCUGUGACAGCUUCCUCUUCUCUGUGCGCCACUGCUGUUUUUGUUUAGUUACGUUUUUUAAUGCCGAGAGGAGAGACUGUUGAAUGGACAUGGUGUGUGGGGGGGGGGGGGGGGGGGGGGUGGCAUGGGCGGGGGUUGAGGGGUUGGGGACAUGACACUUGACUCUUAGACCAGCCUGGAUCAGAUGGGGAACAGUGGACUCACCCCCAGGAAGAACUCUGAAUAUCUAUCUAUACCACCGUAGGUAACAGGUGGACUGUUAGACUGCUGGAGAGAAGUUGUUCUAUUUUUCUGUUUUGUUUCUUUUUGUUUCGUUCUCUUUUUUUUUUUUUUUUUGAAAAUGGCAUCUAGAAAAAUCUGUGUUUUGCCUUUUAGUAAGGGGAGUUGUUGGCCGUAUGAAUUUGCAACAGUUUUAAAAGAAAAGAAAAAAAAGAAGAACCUGUUGAAAUUUGCAUAGUGCUUUUGGAAAAAGGCCCAGCACCAGCAAAACGUCAAACCAAUACCGUAUGAGUCUACACACUCCCUGGGCGAGACGCUCUUCACAGCCACCACCUCCUCUUCCUCCACCUUCCUCACCUUCCUGAUGCUUUUAAACCUAGGUAACACUUGAGCCAUCAAAAAAAUAGAAGAAACAAAAGAUGGGAGAAGAGGUGCUGCAGUGUGUUGAGACUGAAGUUUCCUUGUUUGAGAGAACCUUGCGUGGUUUCUGGGUGUAGAAUUAGAAUGACUAUCUGAAACAAUUUUAAUGCGCUUUAGGAUUUAAAUGACGAUAAAAAUAAAAAAAAGCUUCUGUGCACGCAAAUAUAACUGAUCAAUAAAAGACGUGGAUGUGCAAAUGCACAUUUUUGCAGAUAUUUAAAGAUUAAAAUGUAUAAAAAAAAAAAAAAAAAAAAAACGAUUCUGAAUCUAGUUAAGGGUCACCUGAUUUGACUCUAAGGGGUUGCUGGUUCUGAGGGUCUUUCCUGAGUAUUCACACUGGAGACGGAGCAACCAUUGAUGACAGAUUCCAUCGCAAAAAUCGUUUUAUUUUGUACCUCUCCUUUCUCCCUUACAUCCUUCAUCUGUCGAUUUCCCUGUGCUGGUUCGAAAGCUCCAAGCUGUGCUUUUUUUCGACGGCCUGUCUGGUCCGUGUGGAGUUAUACAUGUGAGAGCCACAUCACCUCCCCCCCCCCCCCCCCCCCCCCCCCCCCAACUCACCAGAAAGAGGGGGCUGCCUUAGGUUCGGAAUGCAAGGUGUUGUAAUCCAAAUCUCCCCUCAGUGUAUGAGUCUGACCCAGUCAGGGUGACAACUGGAAGUCAAACGUCUGUAAAGUGUUAUGGGAUUGUACCUAACCUCUGCAUUUCCUUUUUUGUGGCUGUGAGCAGUUCCUCUCUCUCUCUAGAGAGAGAGACACUGACUGUUGGGGGGGAUGGGAUCACACCUGUGCUUGGCUCUAGUUAUGAAAUCCCCCCCCCCCCACAAUAAAUGCGCACAAAAGGAAAUCAUGUUUGCUUUUGUUUUCAAUACUUUGCUUUUGCAUCAUUUAUAAUUCAUUGAUUGUGUUAAUUUGAGGUAAAGUGGGGAUAAAAAAAAAAGUCAUGUCAUGUUUUGUGUUAUUGUUUUUUUGACGGGGCAAACUUUGCAUUUGUUCAACAUCACCAUGCCCCUUUCCUCAGAAUUUAACUUGCAUCUGAAUUGGUAUUUGAGAUAAAUUACCCAAGGUAAAGCACAACAAUGAAUAAAAUUGUACAAGUUCUUUG